AUGUACAGAGUAAGAGUCAUUGCUUCGAUGUCAGUUCUCGCAAGAUCUAAUCGCCUUGGUUCAACUAUUAUCAAACAGUCAGGCAGAUAUAACCACUUAAUGCAAACAAGGUGUUUAACAGGAAAAUUCAUGCCGUUGUAUAAAACAGUAGACUUUAAGGGGGCUGUGAAAAAGAACUUGAGAAAGGCCACACCAGUGGUUCCUUGUGCUUUUAACUCAAUAACACCUAUGGACCUGGCCAAGGAUAUUGCAGCUGUGAAGAAUGCUGAUGGACAUCUUUAUCUAUAUGAACAUUUCAAGAACUCUCCAGGUAUGACUCAAGUGAAUAGAAUAACUAUUUUGCAUCGCUUAGCCAAAUUCGCUGUAAGUUCUCCAAAAAAGAAUUUCACAUCUACCAAGAAGAUGUUGGAAGAGCAACAUCAUGUCUUUCUUGAUUUGCUCACAAACAUCGCAGCUGAUUUUGGAAAAUGCAAACCUAGGGACCUGGCCAGCAUUGUAUGGGCUUUGGGCAAGUUGAGGGAAAAUGUUGUGUGGUUUGUUACUGAAUGUGAACAGGAAAUCAUGAAACGAGAUGUAAAUUCCUUCAUGGCCCCAGCUGUUUGUCAACUUCUCAAUGGUUUUGCAUCUCUUGGUAUGAAGAGAUCUCAAUUUUUCACCCAUGUGGAGCAAAGAAUUCUAGAAGGCAAGCUCAACUUAAAGGAUUUUGAAAAUCGAGGACUAUCAGGAGCUUUGUGGUCCUUUAUAAAAACUGGAAAUGGAAGUCAAGAACUCUUUGAAAAAUUCAAAGAAGAGAUUUUGCAUAGAGAUGUAAAGAGCUUCAGCAGCAGGCAGCUAGCACAAUUUUUAUGGUCAUUUACUGAGAAAGACAUGUAUUGUGACAUUCUUUUUGAAUUUAUUGAACGCGAGAUUCAGGAUCGACCUGUAGAGGAUCAGUCAGACCAUGGGAUAAAAAUGAUUUUGUGGUCUUUGGCAAAAGCGCAGACAGGUCAAAUAGACAACUUUGAUUUGUUUAAGAGAUUAGGUGAAGAAGUCUUGACACGAGGGAUUCAUGAUUUUGACAAUGGGGAACUUGCAAUGCUAGUGUGGUCUUUUGCAAAAAAAUGUCCAAAGAUGGAUUCUAUUUUUGAUUUUGUGGAGGAAGAGAUCAAUCUCCGUGAUAUUUCUAAAUUCAGGAAUCAUGAGCUGUCACUUCUUCUGUGGUCUUUUGCAAAAUCUGGAAAUGUCAGUGCAGAUCUCUUUAAAAUAUGCCAGGAAGAAAUUCUGUCCAGAGAUCUCAUCCUGUUUCAAGCUGAUCAGUUGAGUCAGUUGGCCUGGGCUUUUGGAAAGGCAGAAAUACCUAGUUCUGACUUCUACAGCAGCGUGGAGAAAGUAGUUUCAGGGAACAUGAGCAAGUUCUCUGAUAAUGAACUUUGCAUGGUUGCUCGUGGAUUUGCACAAGCCUCAGCUGGCACACAGAAGCUGUUCAAAAAAUUUGAAGAAGAGGUUUUGGAAAGGAACAUGCCUGAAAACAGACCAGAUUUUAUACCAGAGCUGGCAUGGAUCUUUUCCAAGUGCAGCUACAAAGCAGCCUUGCUAUUUGAUGAGAUGGAAAAAUCACUAAAAAGUCAAGGCAGAAACUUUUAUAAAGAUCAUGAACUUAAAAUUAUUAAUUCAUCUUUUGCUAAAGUUGGCAAGGAUUUGCCAUUUGUCAAGCACAAGAAGGAAGGAGGGAGCACAGUGGGAGCAAAGAGUAAACAUUAG